AUGUUCACCGACACCCUCUGCCUGCUCAUAAGUUUCGCCACCACUCUCUUCCUCCUCUGGCAUGUAGAACAACGGCGAAUUAUUAGCAGAGGGCUGCGACAACCAUCUUCUGAUGAUUUGUUGAAGCAAACAUUAUUCAAAUGGAGGCGGCGUUGUAUUCUUGUUUUCCUCCUGGUUCUCCCGGUACAACUCUCAAGAGGACUUCUCCUCCUCUUUUGGCCCAAUCCACUUGUCAUGGAUUUGAUGUCGGCUUUGUCAGGACCGGUACAUUAUUUAUCAUUUCUAAUAUUGGUCCUCCGCAUUACACCACGGGGCAGUCCCGACGAGGGCAUAGCCCUUAGUCCUAUUUCUCCACAGAGUGGGGAUGUAGAUGUUCCCGGCAAUGGUUCUCCCGAUAAUGACGGGUCCAACAAUGGGGAGGUUCUGUUAUUAGGGUCUCCACCUGAAAAUCGGUUCGCCGGUGAUGACUCGAACCGGCUCCUCGAGUCCCAAUUGGCACGGAGUAGAGCAGCGAACUAA